UUAGAAGAGUCGUUCAGUGAAUUUUGGAUAUUUUUGAGAUUUUGUCAUUUUCUUUUUUUCCGGGUUUUUAGUUUCUCUGGUGGGGAAAUUUUCGGGUUUUUUCAUUGUAGAGUAGCUUUGGUGUAUAAGUGAGCAAAGUCGUACGAGCUUAUCUCCAACUAACGGGUGCGCAUUGAAUUGCGCAGCGAUGGGAGAGGACAGUGGUGGUCGUGCAAAUGGAGACGAAUUUGAAUCCGAUCCCGAUGAAUUUAAGCAAAACACGGCAAAUUCUUCUUCGCAAAACGUGGCGGCAUUAGCUAAUAGGAUUCGGUUUUAUGCUCCUGAUGCUAAGGGCCCUUUUGUGGUAUACUUUAGGGGCAAAGAUGGGCAAUCUGUGAAUCAGGUAACCUUGUCGAAGAAGCUAUAUGCGAAGUACAAAACUAUCAUUGAAAUACGCAAGAUUUUCUCGGACAAGGUUAAGGUGAUUCUCACGGGGAUAAAUGAGGCAAACGUGCUUCCUUUGGACAAAGAUUUCUCCCAAUUCAGGGUUUAUAUUCAGGCAAAGGAGGUGGAAGUGGAUGGGGUGGUAAUUUUGGAUCUUGAUGAGCCGGAAGAAAUCAUCAAGAACGGUGUUGGGAAAUUGAGGGAGGCAGUUAAUGCCGAGAUCAAGGUGCUGGAUGUGUUCCGUAUGAGAAAGAAGAAAGUUACGGAAGUUUUUUCAGCAGGUGGCGCUUCGUCUUCGGGCGCUCCGCCACUUGAGCGUAAAGUAGACUGGGUACCGGCUAGGGCAGUUAGAGUUACCUUUCAAGGUAAUAUCUUGCCAGAUUUUAUCGCGGCUGAGGGUCUUGUGAUUACGGUGCAUGGCUAUAGCGACAAGGUCAUGUAUUGCUCCAAAUGCUUGCGCUACGGCCAUACCGUGAAGUUUUGUGGGAAUAAGUCGCGAUGCAAUAAGUGUGGUUUAGUACACGAAGACGGCAAAACUGUGUGCAGCCAAACCGGUUUCAAAUGUCCUAAUUGCAAUGAGACAUUUCCCCAAGCACAGCACGUGUGCAAAGCGAGGGCUUUACAUGCUGAAAAAUCAUUAAAGAACGCUAAAGUGAGGCAUAAUGUAUCGUACUCUCAGAUUGUUAAAGGGCCACACGGAUCGAAGAGAAGUCUUUUUGAGAGUGAAAAUCCUUUUGAGGCUAUCAGUGGGAUGGAAGAUGAUAUGUCUGACUCGGAUUCUGAUUUCCCUACGGUGGCGGAAUCUCUUGACAAUAAAGUCAAACGCAGAGUCAAGCGACCAAAGAGCGCAUUUGAUGUUACGCGAUUGACUCAGAAGAAGUUUCAUCGCAAGAAGGUAGCCGAACAGGAGGAGAGGUUAAUGGAAGAGAAGGGGAAGGCGAAACAGAUGAAGAGUCAGACUAGUAGGGCACGCAUUAAGAUUAAGAAAAAGUCCUCUGAAGAGUCCGAGCCGAAAGGCUGGAAGAAAGUUGUUUUGAAACUCUUGGCAGCUUUCGAUGUGGAGAGUGAUAUUCUUGAGUUGUUAGAAGUUAUUGUGUUUCCUAUUGUAGAACGGUUUCUGCCCAAGUUGUUAGGCUCUUUCCUUCAGGAGGAGGAAGAGGAGGAAGAGGAAGAUGCCUAGUGAAACAAUAAAUGUGGUUAAGUUACUCCAAUGGAACUGCAAUGGCGUCCGAUCGAAAGUGCACGAUUUGGCUGCGAUUUGUGACGAACUUAAUAUAAGUGUUGUCGCUAUUCAGGAAACGAAACUAUCUAGUCUGUCUUUCAGAUUGACCGGAUACGACAUAGUGCGCAAAGAUAGGUCGCCAAGAGGCGGGGGUGUUUUGUUAGCCAUUAAAUCUAAUAUGUUUUAUACACGUGUUGAUCUUUCAGCGGAUUUGGGCGGCGACUGCGUGUGCGUAGAUCUCUCGGUAAACGGAACCGUGUUCCGUUUAUUCUCAGUGUAUUCCACUAAUAACCAUAGAUUGAGUGAACGUGAUUUUAAUAGGCUUUUACCUUCUAAUUUUGAUGGUAGGGUGAUCAUUAUGGGAGAUUUUAAUGCACAUGGUAGUCUUUGGGGCUCUGAGUCGACUGACGCAAACGGUAGAAUAAUUGAGGAAUGGGUGGAAAGGUCCAAUCUAAUUGUACUUAAUGAUGGCAGAUUUACGAGAGUAGCUUGUCCUCCUUGUUCACCUAGCAUCCUUGAUCUAACCAUGGUAUCACAGGCUUUAGCGAUUGACUGUGUAUGGGACACUUAUGAUGACACACUGGGCAGUGAUCAUUUUCCCAUUGUGCUGACUAUUUCUUGCAAUAGAGAUAAUGCAGCUAAUUCUACUGCUCCGAUUGAUCCAUUCCAAAGAAUCGAUUAUUCAUACAUUGACUGGAGAAAGUUUAACACCAGUUUUGAGAAUCAGCUAAUGGAAAUUGAGUCACUGCCUGAUAGUGUGGAUAAAUAUGAGAAGUUCAUUGAUGCUGUACUUGCAGCUGUGAACGUAGCAGGAAUUCCCAUGCUCAGACGUGAAUAUAAACAAAAUAAGCCAUGGUUUGAUCAGGAGUGUCGUAGGUUUUGGAAUUUGAGGCGCUCUGCUUUCCAAAGAUUUCAAAGAUACGGUGAUCGAGCAUCUUUUCUUGCCUAUACAAGGAUUGAUUCCCUUACUAAACGCACUAUGAAACGGAAGAAAAUUGGUUUGUGGAGAGAUCGUUGUUCGUCCUUUUCAAGCUCCACAGCCCUGUCAGAAAUGUGGAAUUUGGCUAGGUCGUUCAGAGGUUUAUCAAAACAAAAUCAAAGUGUGUUUAGGGACGAAUGGGCAGAACAGUUUGCCGAUAGAUUAGCGCCACCAUUUGUAGCAAAGCCACAAAACU